GGGUCACCAGGCAUCAGGUCAUUGGGCUCGACAGCGGGCAUCGGGUCACCAGGUAUGACAGCGGGCACUGGGUCACCAGGCAUCAGGUCAUUUGGCUUGCCAGCGGGCACCGCGUCAUCUGGCAAGGCAGUGGGCACCGGGUCACCAGGCAUUGGAUCGUCUGGCUCGACAGCGGGCAUCGGGUCACCAGGUAUGACAGCGGGCAUUGGGUCACCAGGCAUCAGGUCAUUUGGCUUGCCAGCGGGCACCGCGUCAUCUGGCAUUGGAUCGUCUGGCUCGACAGCGGGCAUCGGGUCACCAGGUAUGACAGCGGGCACUGGGUCACCAGACAUCAGGUCUUUGGCUCGCCAGCGGGCAGCGCGUCAUCUGGCAAGGCAGUGGCACCGAGUCAUCUGGCAAGGCAGUGGGCACCGAGUCACCAGGUACGACAGCGGGCUCUGAGUCAAUUGGCACGACAACGGGCACCGAUCAGGUACCGGAUCAUCUGGAUCAACAGCGGGCAUCGAGUCAACUGGCCUAAUAGGAUCCUCAGGCUGGAUCAGCUGCGUACCGGCAUCAGGCUGAGUACAGGCAUCAGGCUGAGUACAGGCAU